UACAUCUGUGAAUAGACAGGGCAGACCAAAAAGCAACAACAACAACAAACAAAAUUUAAAAAUCGUUGUCCUUGUGGAAUUAACUAUUACUGGGUGGAGACAGUAAACAACAAACCUAACAAACUGUUAGAAGCCUUUGCAGAGAACAGUCACCACGCUCAUGGCAGGGAUUUUGCGCUCAUUAGUUCAGAGGCCCCCAGGAGGACUCCAAACUGUAACAAAAGAUGUGGAGUCUCUCAUUUGUACAGAUUGGAUUCGUCACAAAUUUACCAAGUCAAGAAUUCCAGAUAAAGUAUUUCAGCCCUCACCUGAAGAUCAUGAAAAAUAUGGUGGGAAUCCACAGCACCCUCAUAAACUACAUAUUGUUACCAGAAUAAAGAGUACAAAAAGACGUCCAUAUUGGGAAAAAGAUAUAAUAAAGAUGCUUGGAUUAGAAAAAGCACAUACUCCGCAAGUCCACAAGAAUAUCCCUUCAGUGAAUGCAAAACUGAAAGUGGUUAAGCAUUUGAUAAGAAUCAAGCCCCUGAAGUUGCCACAAGGACUUCCAACUGAGGAGGACAUGUCUAACACGUGCCUCAAGAGCACCGGGGAGUUAGUGGUGCGGUGGCAUCUCAGCCCUAUGGAUCAGGGAGCAGCUAAGUCCUGAUGACAGAGCAGUGUCACAUUUUAAAAUGUGCAUCAUCUUUAUUUAAAGAUAGAAAAUGUCCUCAUUAAAAUAUAUUUUAAAUACUAGUCAUUUUCCCUGGGUAAACAUGGUGUGAUUUCUUCCUUAUAUAGAUUUGGAGGUCCCAGUGCUGGUAUUCGAUUUAACUCUCUUUUCCGAUCGUUUCACUGCAGAAUGGGCAGGCAUGGCAUUGUUUGAAGAUCUGGGUUCGGAUGUCACCUUAGCAGUCACCAUUGACUUGUUUAAAAUAUUGUUUUCUCUUUUAAUUGAAUGCAACAAAUUCUGUGAGUGUGUCUUUGAGUGAGCAGUGUGUUGCGUGUUGGAGAAAUGCAAAGCUGACCAGAACAUGGUCCCUGCCAAUCAGGAGUGUAGUCUUUCUUGCUAGAGAACAGAUUUGGCCUCAGUUAUUAAACACUGGGCAUAGUUAGAUUGACUGCUUUGUGCUUUAGUGUCUAUAAACAUGUAUGUAGAGUUGGCUGCAUUUUAUUCUUAAAUUUAAUACCAAAAAUAGUAUCUUUUCUAAUUAUAAAUCUAAAUUGGCCCAAUUUUAUUGAUGUUCUUUGAGUUCCUAAGAAACCUCUGCCAACAGUUGAGGUAUUAUUUAAAAGACAAAAAAGAAGGAAGAAAUCUUUUAGGAAGAAUAGUUUUAUUUCCUUUUUUUUCCCUAUUCAGAUACCUGGAGGGGUUGGGAGAAGUAAGAAUUGUAGGAAAGGUUCAAUAGUGGGGAGUUUUGUGGCAGCUAAUCAAAGAUGAUGGUUAAGAAUCUCUGAGUUCUAGGUACCUGUUAUUUCCCUUUGUCUCUUGUGCAGUUUAGUUUGGGCAACAAUAACAUUGGCAUACUACUCAUAAUUUGUGGUCCCAGUAUUCAUCUUGUCAUAGGUCUUGAUGUUUUAGGGCAGAGAUGCUACCUGAAAUGAAGCCAGAUAUCGUUAAUUAUUAAGCUUCAAUGCAAUUACAAUUUCAAUUCAACAAUUACAAAAUAUCUAAUAUGUGUAAGGCCUGGAGGAGAUCUACAGCCAAAGGACACUAACUUCAGAGAGCUCAUUCUGGCUGGAGAGCAGCCUGUGUGCUACGACAGAAUGUGUCCGUAAUGGAGGUGGUUUGAGGAUGACUGCGUUAAUAAAAGCUGGUCCCGGCUGA